UGUGUGUUCAGAAGCAAUGCAGUAAGAGUGAGCGCUCAGCUGCAGCAGCACCAGUGUCUCAGUGUCAGCCGCUCUGCAGCAUGCAUCAGGAAACACACUUCAUCCACACUUUCUGCUCCACGGGAUGUGAGUUCAGAUAAAUGAUCAGGAUGGUAGCAGAGGCCUGGACCGAUGCGGACAGACCGAAGCGAUGGAGGAGACAACGCCAGACCCCGCUUUUGUGGACGUGGACCAGGGUCUGACCCUGGCGUGCAUCGCCUUCCUCUGUCUGCUGCUGGUGGCGAUGAUCAUCCGCUGUGCCAAAGUCAUCAUGGACCCCUACAGCGCCAUUCCCACCUCCACCUGGGAGGAGCAGCACUUGGACGACUAGCAGAUCACAUUUUCCCCAUGACCUCGGCAAAUAAACAUGCACCUGCCUUCAAACAAACCCUAACAUCAUGUUUCAACCCGUACACAGAUGACUAUGGGAUAUUUAGGCUGCUAGUCUUUUCGCAUUCAGCACCGCCAGCUUUAAAGACAUCUUUAUGGAAACCAACUUGAAUUCUUCACAAUUACCACAAUUAAACAAGAAGGCAUGAAUCCUGAAAUGAAGUUGAUUUUAACACCCAUGUCCUCUUUUUUGCCCCUCCCCUGGAUGGACGAAAUCACUCCAAACUGGAAGCACAAACAAACCAAAAUCAGUUCUCACAACCAAUGCAUCCUGAAUUUGUAGUAAUAGAAAGGAAGCAAAUGUAUAUUUUUAUAUUUAAUAAUGAUAAAUGAAAAACGCAUCCACGUUAGGCAUGGAAAACACUUCUAGCUUUGCAAGCGACGCAAUUUUGUAAGCAAACAGAGCCUAGUUCUUAGAGUUUCCACAAGGGUUGCUAUAGCUGUCUUCUACUGUCAAUUUUAUUUUACACAGUUGUGGUGGAGCAACAGUUAGUUAAGAGGUUACUUAACAGCCAACAUGUUUAUUUAUAAUUUAAUGGCACAGAAAUUUGCAGUUAACUCUAUCGCCCCCUUUAGUAGCACCACUACAAAUACAGUACGGUCAAGCAUUUGCAUUUGUACAGACAGCCUUGCAUAAAGUAUGAUUUUAAUCGAAAAGAAGACAAAACCUUGGCUGAAGGCCUUGGGGAAAUGGCUAAAGAUGAAAAACACCAUGAACUGUUCCAUUCAUCUUAAUGUUGUCUUUAUAAGAGCUUGUGUCUCUUUCAUUUAUCGACUCUUGCGAUCUGAUCCGCUGAUGUGGUUUGAUUCUGCUAUCCUUGGCGAAGUGUACGCAUUUGCAGAGAGCUAUAGUCUGCGCUGCAUGAUAUCAAGUGCCUCCGCUGAAGUCAUUUAAAUGAAGUCAUGAAUGAAUGUAUCCUUCAUUCAUGUGAAGGACAAAAAACUAAACACCAGUGUCUUGUCUGAUGAGAAAAUGCAUAUGUGCUAUAUGUCUGUUCUCAAACAAUAAACA